AUGACAUUAACUAAUAUACGUGAAGAUUCGUCGAAGUUAACUAAUGGUUUUUCUAUGAUUGAUAAUUUGAAUAAUAAAGAUGAAGAUCGAAAAUUAAAACGAAUGAAUUUAUCAAUAUUUAAUUUAUUUUCAUCGAAUCGACAAACAAAUAUUUUAAAAAGAAAAAAUAAAAAUAUGAAAAUUGAAAAAGAUAAAUCAUUUUUAUAUUCUCAAUCAAUAUUAACAAAAUCCGAAUUAUCAAAAUCUAUAUCAAAUAGAUCAAUAACAUUUGCAUCAGUUUUUGAUCAAUUAGAAUAUGAUUAUAUUAAUAAAGAUAAUCAUUCAAGUUUUGAUGUUAGAACAUCUAUAAAUAAUGAAGAUCUUGUUAUUGUUCUUCCAAAUAAAUAUGUUAAUAAUGAAGAAAAUAAUAAUAGAGAAGCAUAUCCAUUUCGAUCAGAAAUUCCAUCAAAUUCACUUAGAAUAUUUAAUAAAUCAUCAAAUACGAUAAAUAAAUCUGAUUCAAGAAAGAAAUUUCUUCAUCGUUUAAUACAUCAUCAUCAACCAAAAAAAGUUCAUCGUCCUGUUCAAACUAUUCAAUUAAUUAAUAGAAAUGAUCGAUCAAUAUCAGCACCUAAUUUAUUAUUUUCAUUAUCAUCAAAUCCAACAACAACAACAACAACAACAACAACAAAUGAUCAUUAUCAAUCAUUAAAAAGAUUUCGUCAAUGGAUUAAAUCAUCAUCAUUUGGACAAUUUGUUCAAUCAUUUAUUAAAAAUCGAAAUCCAUCAAUUAAAAAAGAUUUUAAAGAAAAAUCUUCUCUUAAAUCAAGAAUAUGA